GAUCCAAUCGCUGUAUGAUAAAAUGAUGUAUGUUUAUCACAGGUUUUUACACAUAUUUGGGAGAUUCUAGGAUAUACAAGACAAUACAGUGCUACAUAAAGUGGAUCUAGGGUCAAAUUUUCUAACCCAGGUGGGUUGUCUACAAGGAGAAUCACCCAGCCAUAUAGGUUCUUCACCACCAAGUUGUUCACAGAUAAGCUAUAUAUAGCAUAUCUUGGAAAACAGUAGAGCAACGGGGGCCAGGCAGUAUUAGCAGAGAAAGGUCCUAUAUGUGGCUGGCUAUUCUCUCUGGGCACUCAUGGCCCCGAGCCCUAUGCUUCAGAAUAGUCUUGACAACAUCAGAUCUUCUGCUGGGUUGGUCUGAGGUCUGCAAUGUCACCCAGCUGGCCUAUGGAGAAAUGGAAGGUAUAUAUUUAGCCUGGUGUGAGGCGUGUUGUGGAUAACACGUCCUGAGGCUCUCGGGUUUCGUGUUCAGAGGGCUUUUUCAGGUCCUGGGGGACACUAGGAGGAACGUGGCAGCCCCCCGAAGUGUUAGAAGACAGGCGCCAUUUUCCCUUUAGGAUCACUUUGUGGGUGACCAGCAUCCCAAACACACCUCCCAGUUUCAGUGCGGCAUCUCGUCACUCUCCUUCUGCUCCAGCUGAAAAGAGCAGAGAGAGUAGCUCACGGGCAAACAAGUUGGAGAAGCUCCAAAACAUCUUUUAGUUUUUCAUAAAUUGACUCAAGGAGGCCAUAAAGAACUUAGAGGGGCUCUGAGUUACUCUCCUCGGGUCUUGCUGUGUUUGAGGAGGAGAGAUAAUGGAUAUCCUGGCUUUAGAGGCUAAGGGGGUCAAGGCUGAAGCGGCUCCAUCGCCUGCCCCCUCUAAGCCCAGACCUAAAGCACCCAAAAAACCUAAACGAAUCGUUUACUUCGAGGUGGAGAUUCUGGACGCCAAGACCAAGGAGAAGCUGCUGCUCCUGGAUAAGGUUGAACCAUCUGCUACUAUUUUGGACAUAAAGUCAAUGUUCCACAAAUCAAAUCAGCGCUGGUAUCCUGCCAGACAGUCACUGUGCCUGGACCCGAAGGGAAAGCCUUUAAAGGAUGAAGAAGUCCUUCAGCAGCUUCCGGUGGGAACCACGGCUACCUUCUACUUCAGGGACCUGGGAGCCCAGAUCAGCUGGGGGACGGUGUUUCUGGUUGAGUGCGUCGGACCGCUCUUCAUCUACCUGAUGUUCUAUUUCAGACUGCCCUUCAUCUACGCCCCCAAGUAUGAAUUCACAACCAGCAAACACUGGGUCGUGCAUAUAGCGUGUCUGUGUCACUCCUUCCAUUACGUCAAGAGGAUUCUGGAAACGUUGUUCGUGCAUCGCUUCUGCCACGGCACCAUGCCGCUGCGCAACAUUUUCAAGAAUUGUCUAUAUUAUUGGUGUUUUGCAGCCUGGAUGGCCUACUACAUAAACCAUCCGCUUUACACACCACCAUACUAUGGUGAGCAGCAAGUGAAUACGGCACUUGGGAUUUUUCUGUUUUGCCAGUUGGGGAACUUCUCGAUCCAUGUCGUUCUGCGCAAUCUCAAACCUCCUGGUUCUAAGACGAAGAAGAUCCCAUAUCCAACCAAGAAUCCUUUCACGUGGAUCUUCACAGUGGUUUCUUGCCCAAAUUACACCUAUGAGGCAGGCUCCUGGCUGGGCUUCACCAUGAUGACUCAGUGCGUUCCUGUCGCCUUCUUCACCAUCAUCGGCUUUGUGCAAAUGACCGUGUGGGCGAGAGGCAAGCACCGCAGCUACCUGAAGGAGUUUAAGGAGUACCCGACCCUGCGUUCACCCAUUCUGCCCUUCAUCCUCUAGCCUUAACACACACACACACAUAUACUGAAAAUCCCUGAAACUGAUCCUAGAUUGUUAAGUCCGUGUCGAGAUUUCUUUUUUGAAAAAAAUAAAAAAUGAACGAUCAUACUUCUCUUUGUAAAGGAUAACAGAGUUAACUAAACCUGGAUAAUGCUUUAUAAAAAUAUUUUUAAAUAAAAGCACUACAGAUGAACCUUUACAGAAAACUUGUGAGUGCAACAUUUGAGUCAACUGUAUAUUUAAUUACACAGCAACAUGCAGGAAUAUAAUUUUAUUAUUAUGUAAUAAAAAAAUGAUCUAAUUGCUAACUUUCUUUGUGGUCGUUGGCUUAAUUUCUAAAUACUGUGAAUUCUGUGAAUUCAAACACAACAGUUUAGCUGAGUGAAUAAACCAGUAACUGAAGCACAGAUGUGUUAUCUUACCUGAUGCAUCUUCUCGUGGCCUGUUUUGGUCUGGAUCUAAGAGGACAGCAUUUCUGCAUUUUGCUGAUCUAAGAGGAGUCUAUUCAUGGCAAUCACAACCAUGUCAGGUCUAUCUGCGUUUUUAACCUAGAGGAGUAGGCUUUGGGUAUUGUUCUGGCCUAACACGCGUAACAGUCGUAAACUUCAGGAACACUUACCCUCACUGAAAGUUGGCAAAUGGGCCCUUAUCUUAUGCUGCAUUCGGCUAGAGAUUGAACUUCAGACCAGGAAAAUCUAAAGAAGCUUGGAAUUUGUCUUCUCAACUCCAAGUUCCUCCGAGUUCAGCAAGUGACAAAUCAACUUAACAUGGCCGCUCAGAGCGUCAACAGUAAACACAGCAGCUCUUCUUGCCUUUAAAUGAGUUAUACUGUAUAUAAAUAUACAGUAUAACUCAUAUUCAGUAUAUAUUUGUUUUAGAUCAGUCAACAUACAAACAUAUUCACUUGUAUGUUGUAUGUAUGCACUGACUCUACAGUUCACUGUUUUGUGGAGGAAAAUAUACAUCACUCAUCACAGUUAGCUGGCCAGCUUGUAGCUAACAAAUGACAAACACUAUGUUUCAUCCAUGUUUGUUUCCCGCUUAGCUCGAAUGCACUAGGUUGAAAAUGACAUCAUUGCGAGCUCCAACUUCCCACGACUGAGGUAAGCCAAACUGCAGAAACACUUCCACUCCCUGGCCUUCAGAGGGAAACGUUAUUUCCUUAACAAUGGCUGAGACUAUGAAUAAUAUCUCAUGCAAAUUACUGGUGUGUUACAUUUUUGAACACUUUACCAGUAUGUCUUCUUUUUUUAUAGCUUUUCAAUUGACAAUAAGAAGAAGAAAAAUAGGUUUGCAGGAUCACAAGGAGAGAAAUAAAAUUGUUACACGCAGAGAGAUAUACUACGCUGAAGUUGAGUGCUACUGUCGAUGCUUUCAGGUCCAUUUUCCUCCUGAAAACCUGAUGAUAUCUGAGAGGGCGAGAGCUCGCUGAGAGAACCGUCUGCUAACCUGACAGCUGUGGUGAGACAGUCUUCUAUGAAGACUUUAUAUGAUUUAUUUAGAGAGGAACCCUGUGGGGAACACUGUACGCUAGUGUUUAUUAAGUUAAAAAAAACAGCUGCAAAGUACAGCAGAAAAUCUUUUAUCCUGCGUCUAUGUACAUCCAGUUUUGGUGUAAAAUCUUUCUUUCAAAAAAAAAAACAACCUGACUUUAUUUUGUUUUACUUCAUUACAUCAGCGUCAGAGUUGUGUCCUAUUGCUCAGAUUUCAUCAGUAUCAGUCACGUACUGCCUGCAUCGAAAUACUGUUUUAGACGACAUUCAGAUGUGAACAGUGAAAAAUAUUAUUAAACAACAUCGUAGACCACAGCGCUGUUGAAUUCUGGACUCAUGAUUGGUCAGAAAGAGUUGAUUCAUUUUCUAGAACAGCAGCUCUGACAGCAGUGCAGCUGCAAAUCACAUGUUUAGAUUAUAUUUAACUAUAUUUAGUUACUGUUUCUAUAGCAACAACUUGCACAGGGACGCUCCACAUGAACUGAGACUAAUAAUAAACAUGCGUAAUUGUUCAUGUGGAGAAGUUUUUUGUAAGGAGACAUUUAUUUAACAAUUAUGGAAGGAGUCUCCAGUGUCAGAGCUUUGUAACAGUCAUAGGUAACGCUGUAACUUUCAGG